AUGGCAAAGAAGCCUCAACGUACUCAGGCUGCUGCUGUCACUGACCCCAUUUUGAGGGAUGGAACUGACAACGACAUCGUAAUCCCAAUCAUGGGACCUACCGGCGCAGGGAAGAGCACACUCCUCAACCUCUUCCUGGGCCCUGACCGCAAAUCCGAGCACGUCGAAACUUCCGCACGCCUCGUCUCAUGCACGACCGUCCUCCAACCCGUCACAUUCGACAUACCCGAGAGCCACGCCCACCUCCGAAAGAACGGUAAAGGCAGGAUCGUGAUCGUCGAUACGCCCGGAUUCGACGAUACCUUUGUCGAUGAUGUGGAUAUCCUGAAGAGGAUUGCUGAUUGGUUGGCGAAAUCAUAUCGCAACUCGAUGAAACUUGGAGGUGUAAUCUACGUGCACGACAUCUCCCUGGACCGGUUCACCGGCACCGCCAGACGGAACCUCAUCAUGUUCCAACAAAUCUGCGGCGAAGCCGCCUUCCCCAAAGUCCUCCUCCUCACCUCCAAGUGGUCCAACUUCCAGACGAACAAAACCCACGUCGCAGCCAGCCGGGAGAAAGAAAUGAUCGACCUUCAGUGGAACGAAAUGAUCGCGCACGGGGCUGGGACUUUCUCCCUCAACCCGCCGAGAGGCGUCAAUGAGCGAGAGGAGAGCGAGUUCGCGUGGAAGGCUGUUGAAAACAUCCUGGACCGUGUUUCUGAGCAGAGGGAGAAGCAGAGGAACACUGAGAGGGAGAGAGCGAGAGCUAAUGCAGCUGAGAGCUUCCAGAUUCAACGCGAGCUUGUUGAUAAACAUAGAGUGUUGCCCCAGACUCAUGCAGGGAAGGAACUGAGGGGUUCGUUGAAGGAGGUGAUGGAGAGGGCGAAGCAUGAUCCCGAAACCAUGGCGAAGCUUCCACCUGAGAUGCAGACCAGGCUGGAGGCGGAGUUGAAGGAGUUCAAGACCCCAUUGUCGACAAAGUUGAAGCAAAUCUUCGGGGUAUACCGCAAUGAAGAUACGUGA